AUGAUAAGAUAUACUACUAUUUAAUUAACUUUCCAUUUUUUUGGUAUGAAGAGAAAAUACCAAAAGAUAAAUUAAAGAGGUGUAAUUUCUCUCUAGAAUUUGAAUUAGGUUUAAUAUUUUUUAAAGCGAUAUCGAUGUUUGAACCAGAGAAUUUAGAUAGAGAUUUAUAAAUAUAUUUUAUUCUUUGAAUUAUUAUGCAAAAAAAGAAGCAUAAGUAAAAAGAAAUAUAAAAAAACUUUAAGAAGAUCCUUAUUCGGAGGAUAGUUAGAGUGA